UGUGUGUGUGCGCGUGUGUGUCAGACGGAGGCUGGGAGCUGGUGAUGUCAGAUGUCAUUAGCAUAUUUCUGACUAUAUCUGAGCGCUUGCGCAAAGACGCGCCACUACUGCUGCACCGCACCGAGCAGAGACCUUCCAGCCGUCAGAACACACUCCGAUCUGCAACCAUGAGCGACAAGCCCGACAUCUCAGAGGUGACCAGCUUCGACAAGAGCAAGUUAAAGAAGACGGAGACGCAGGAGAAGAACCCCCUGCCGACAAAAGAAACCAUCGAACAGGAGAAGGCGGAAACGUCAUGAGGCCCCUCUCCUCCCGUCAUGCACUGUACACCCCCCCACCCUCCUCCCGCAUUGCCUUGUUUUCAGUCACUUCUUUUAGCUGUAUAACCUUGUAACCGAAAUUAUGAAACAACAAUAACCAAGCUGCACAUGCCUGCGGACGGAUGUUGCCUUCGCCAGGGCGGUCGGCCCCCCGUCCCCCCCAACAAAUGCCACCUUUCGCCGCUCGUCUUUCCGUAGGGGGGGGGCUAGGAUGAGGAGGAUUUGUCUGAGGGCGGAGGGGUGGACCCGCCGGAGGUCUAUCCUUCGACACCACCUUGUUGACCACCAACUUCGACGUACAGUGGAGAGAAGCGGGCGGGACGAGGGCGUGGCCUCGCGUCCCCAGGGAGCUCAUCAUCGUCUCACCACCGACACCCACCACCUUCCUGUGUGGCUGCUUUUGCGCCAAAAAAAAAAAAAAAAAAAGCUGAGGCGUCAAGCUUUUUAAUUUUUUUUCUUGUUGUUGUUGUUCUUCUUAUUGUUUUUUCUAAUUUUCGGAAAGAAAAAAAAAAUGCACAACUUUUGUUUGUACGCUGGCCAAAAUGUAAAUGCCCUCCCCCCCAAAAAUUGAUUGUUUGUCACCAUGUUUUUUUUUUUCUUUUUGUAUGCACACAAGGAUUGAAAAGUGUAGCGGAUUCCAUCUAGAUCUGGGAGAUGCUCAAACGGACCUAAUUAACGGUUUACUUGUAACAACCUUUCUUGUCAAGAGUCAUUCGGGAUAGCUUCUGUGUGUCGCAAUCUGUCUUUGAAUCGUCUCGAAUGAGGAAAAGGAGAUAAAAAACAAAAGUAAAGAUACUGGUGAUUUGAUUCCAUGUGUUCGCUUUCAACCGUAGAUUGAAAUUCUUUGGAAUUCAUGUUUAUCUGCCACAAACCAUUACAAGAAAUGGAAAAACCGUGAAAUGUUGUAAUAAAAAAGAAUUUGUUACUAAAA